AAAUUAACCCUAAAAAAAAAAAUCUCCUAACAGAGAAGAGUGGUAGACAGUGCGUGAAAACUGAAAAAGAGAGGAGAAACGUGGUAAACACUAACCCAACACCACCAAUAAUAUACCCCAAAACUCCAAACCCUUUUGUAUCAAUUCUAAACAAAUUAUAAUCUCGAAUAUCCAUCCUACUUUUUCACUUUUGGCUUGGCUCGCCCUUUAUUUCUGGAGAAAUCUAGAUUAUUAUUUUCCUUCGAUAUUUCUGCUGGUCUAAGAUGUGGGUGUUUGGAUGAGCUCUGAAUUUUGGGGAAUUAUAUCAUUAUAAUAUAUGGCAAAAGGUUCGGACCCUAAUGGAUGGAGCCGAGCUCGAGGUUUGGUAGUGAAGACCUUGGUUCUAAUUGGCGGCGCCUUUUUGCUCAAGAGGUUGACCAAAUCCACCACUCGUUGGGACCAUGCUAAAAUCGUUGCCCGUUCUCUUAGCGGUGAAAAGUUCUCGAGGGAGCAAGCCUCUAGAGACCCAGAUAAUUACUUCAAUUUCAGAAUACUUACUUGCCCUGCAACAGAGAUGGUGGAUGGGUCAAAGGUUUUAUAUUUUGAACAGGCGUUUUGGAGGACUCCUCAGAAACCCUUUCGGCAGAGGUUUCUCAUGGUGAAGCCUUGUCCAAAAGAUCUGAAAUGCGAUGUUGAGGUAAGUUCAUAUGCGAUUAGAGAUGUGGAGGACUACAAGAAUUUCUGUGACCGCCCAAGGGAUCAACGUCCGCUACCUGAAGAAGUUAUUGGUGAUAUUGCAGAACCUCUGACAACUUUAUAUCUUAAUCGCUGUGAGAGGGGGAAACGCUGUUUAUAUGAAGGUUCAACUCCGCCAGGUGGCUUCCCAAAUUCAUGGAAUGGAGCAACACACUUCACUUCUGAACUUAUGGUUUUGAAGAACAACGAAAUACAUACCUGGGAUAGGGGCUAUGAUGAUGAAGGAAAUCAGGUGUGGGGAGUGAAGGAAGGUCCUUAUGAGUUCAAGCCUGCACCUGCUUCUAGUUUCAAUGGCAUGUUUUCGCCUCUAAAUUUUCCUCUAUCGCAGCCCCUGGAGAAAAAGAUAGAAGGGUCAUUUGUCUUGCAAGAAUGAUUGGUUUUUAACUUGUUAUAUAUAAAUAUUCUUUAUAGCCUGUAAAUCUUAUAAGCUUGAGUGAAGUUUUCUGGCCUUACUGUUGGUUAUUUAUGGAUGCAUUAUUUUUAAGAUAGGUAGAAGCUUAGGGGUAGUAUAUUGAUAAUCAUAAUCACUAGGGAUUGAUUCUCGAUAUUGCGUAAAGUCUCUUCUUAAUGGAAAGGGAUUAACUAUUUGGGUUAAACUUGGGGAUCAUUAUGUAUGAUUUAAAGUGUUCCUAGGCAGAUCAGCCUCGAUUUAAACAUUAGGUUUUGUGGUUUUUUUAUUUAAAUCUUGUAAAGUGGCCGAAUAAAUUUAAUUUUUUUUUAUAA